GCGGCUGGGUCAGCUGACCCGAGGGAGCCGCUCGAGCCGACUUCGGCCGCUUCGCUGGGCCCCGGAGCGUCCGCCGCCGCCGCCGCCGCCGCCGCCAUGGCCAGCCAGUCGCAGGGCAUCCAGCAGCUGCUGCAGGCCGAGAAGCGCGCCGCCGAGAAGGUGUCGGAGGCCCGCAAGCGAAAGAACCGGAGGCUGAAGCAGGCCAAAGAAGAAGCUCAGGCUGAAAUUGAACAAUACCGUCUGCAAAGAGAGAAGGAGUUCAAGGCCAAGGAAGCUGCGGCUCUGGGAUCCCAUGGCAGCUGCAGCACUGAAGUGGAGAAGGAGACCCAGGAGAAGAUGACCAUCCUCCAGACCUACUUCCAGCAGAACAGGGAUGAAGUCCUGGAUAACCUCUUGGCCUUUGUCUGUGACAUCCGGCCAGAAAUCCAUGAAAACUACCGCAUCAAUGGAUAGGAGAGGAGGAAGCAGCUCUGUGAGCAGAUUGGCAUUUUAUAUGCCUUCCUGGAAUAUGAAGCUUCAGCACAGCUUGAGUUACAUCCUUGUGAAAAGGCAUUAAAUUAUUUCUGUAUAUUAUAGUGUAGGUCCCUUCACUUUUUGGAGAAUAGCAAAUCGAGCUUCUUUGUACAAACGUAGAGCUUAUCCAAAGAUUUUCUCCUUUUACCUCAUUAUUUCUUAGAAAUUUAAUGUGCAUAUGUUCUGUUUUCCUAUGCCUUUUAGCUCAAGCAACAUAUAUAUCGGUACUUUUUCUUUCUUAGAUGUAGUUAAAAUAAUUUUUUUUUUUUUUUUUUGUUUAAAAGAAAGAAAGGGAUUAAAUAUUUUUUUCCCUAAAGCUUUCUUGAAGGUCAGGGGCUUUAUCUAUGAAAAAGUAGUAAAUAGUUAAUUGUAACUUGUGUGAAGCAGCAGCCAGCCUUAAAAUAGUCCUUUCUGGCUAAGGGGCAGAACAGCAAAUACUAGUAUAAUUGUUUGGGCUGCUUUUAUUUUCUCUCAAUCAAAAUUAUUAGAUGAUAGAAUUCAAGAACUUGUUACAUGUUAUUACUUGGUAUACUGAUAAUCAUUAAAAAGUAAAGACUUUGGCAUGCAAUCCCCUCCUGCCCCCCCCUUCAUCCUUUUUGAUGAUGCAGAGUACACUUUGACCUAGAUGUUCUGCAGAAUUUCACGUAGGAAAUUAAAUUAGCAGAUGUAUCACAUACACAUUUGCAUGCAUACUCAGAAAAUAUUUUUCGUAUUUAUCUUAGCAGGAAGGAAAUCACUUGUGAUUUAGCCCAACAUCCGGUUCGAAAAACAGCAUCAGACUAGUAAGUCUGCAGUUUGCCUCUUCUCUAGAGCACGCUGGACUAGUGCAGCCUUGGGCCGGUUACCAAGCAGAUUUCCUCCCUGGCGGGCUAAAUGAUAUGUGUAAUACCUAUAGGAGCUUCACACUAGCUCUGUAAGAGUUCAAUGCUCUGUGACUCUCUGUUAGCUGAAAGUCUUUGGCUGCAAAAUAAUUUCUAGUGGACAUAGAGUUGAGAGAGAACAUGAAUGGGAUUUCCUUGCUUGUUGUGAAAUAGCAUGAGAGCAGUAGACGCCCUUAUAGGAAUCACAUUUUAUGAGACUCACGAUGGGUUGCUUGCAGGCCAUGUUCGUCACUAGUUACUAUUCCGUUUUAUAGUGCGAUUCCUCAUAAGAGUUUUCUAGGUGAGCUUUUCCAGUUUUUACUGUUCAAGCACUCCAGUCAAGCUUUCCACUCCACUGAAACCACAUGUCAAGGUCAGCAGUGAUGAGCAGAUUGAGAGGUCCAGUCUUCUUCCUACUGGACUUUCAGUCCUGUUGGACAGGGUUGACUAGUUCUUCUUGAACCCACUUUGUUAGCUUUGUUCUGCAGGGAUGUGCUACUUUGCUCCUCCGUCUCUUGCUUUAGUUCUGAUUCUUUUUCCAGGGAUUUGUUCUUGGACGUCUCUACACUCAUUUCCUUGUUGAAACCCACCUUCUUUUCAUGGCUUUAAAUAUUUGUGCUGAAGACCCAAAAUUUAUAUCCAGCGUCUCUCUCCUGAACUCUAGAGUUGUCAAUUGCUUAUUUGCUAUUUUGAUUUGGAUAUCUAAUAAACAUCUCCAUCUUAA